UCCCGGCAGGACGUAUGUGUGUUUCUCCAAUUUCAUCACAGGCCGGAAGCUUUUACCGGGCAAUGUAGAAAUGCAACUGCAACACACAAUGCGCGAGGCACCCCACCUACUCUGCGCGUGCUCUGUUCCGACACCGAAGCAUAUAUAGGUAGCUCAUUACAACUAGCUCGUGUUGAAAAGUGUCUGUAUAGUGCGUAAUAAUAGCGGCGUUAGCUUAGCAUAGCAUCCUGUGAAUUGGUCAGUAACACACGGACCUAACAAUAAUGUGAAAGUGUGGAUUUGACAGUCAUAUCGUGUGCCUUAGUCGUCCAACUUUGAAGUGGAAGUUUUUUAUUUUGAAAAAGAAAGAAAUUGCUGAACUGGUUUAUUGUCGCCUUUAUGUUAGCCUGCUAAUGCUAGCUAACUAGCAGCCUGGCUAACAGGAAAACAGGACCGGCAUCAGCAGACUGACAGCAGCCAGAUUUGUGUAAACCAGAAGAAAUGGAUUGCAACUCGGAAGCUGCUUCUGAGCGAAUUCUGCUGGAACCAUACAAGUACUUGUUGCAACUACCAGGUGUGUCUUUCUCCAUGUCAGUGACUGCAGAGAGGUGGACAAGACAUGUGUGGAGGCAUGCAGACAUGCAGCUAAAAGGAAAGCAGGUGAGGACGAAACUAUCGCAAGCAUUUAACCACUGGUUGAAUGUUCCAGACGACAAACUGCAGGUGAUCAUCCAGGUGACUGAAAUGCUGCACAACGCCAGCUUGCUCAUAGACGACAUCGAGGACAGCUCCAAGCUGCGGCGGGGCUUCCCCGUGGCCCACAGCAUCUACGGCAUCCCCUCCGUCAUCAACUCCGCCAACUACGUCUACUUCUUGGGGUUGGAGAAGGUGCUGACCCUGGAGCACCCCGAGGCCGUCGGAAUGUUUACCCGGCAGCUGCUGGAGCUGCACCGUGGUCAGGGCCUGGACAUCCACUGGAGGGACACCUACACCUGUCCCACCGAGCAGCAGUACCGCAACAUGGUGCUGCAGAAAACCGGCGGGCUGUUUGGCCUGGCCGUGGGCUUGAUGCAGCUCUUCUCGGAUUGGAAACAGGAACUGAAACCGCUCCUGGACGCACUAGGCCUGUUCUUCCAGAUCCGCGACGACUACGCGAACCUGAUCUCCCUCGAAUACAGCGAGAACAAGAGCUUCUGUGAGGACCUGACCGAGGGCAAGUUCUCUUUCCCCACCAUUCAUGCCAUAACGUCUCAUCCGGAGAGCACCCAGGUGCAGAACAUCCUGAGGCAGCGCACGGAGAACAUGGACAUCAAGCGAUACUGCGUGGACUACCUGGAGAAGGUGGGCUCGUUUGCCUACACCCGUCAGACUCUGCGGGACCUGGAGGCAGAGGUCUACCGCCUCAUCCGGGAGUUUGGGGGAAACCCUCAACUGGAGAGCCUCGUCAAGCACCUCAGCAAAAUGUACCGUGAGGCUGAAGCCACGGCAGAGUCCAGUGUUGAGCCACAGUCUGGCCAAAUCCACUGACCUCCUCCACCUUUCACUGCUACACGACUCACAUGCUAGCCUUGCACACUCUACUAUCACAGAAGCUUUGCUAAUACACAGAUGCAGAUAUACAUAUUCCCCAAAAAGCUCAACACACAUGCAUGUAUGUUACAUUCACAAACUACUUAAUGAGUCACAAUUAAUAAUCAAACUUGAGCUGUUUAAUCCUGAUUGACAACGUUGGCCGCAUUCAGCAGCUACGAGACCACAAAAACAAAUGUUGCCUUUCUCUCUUUUUUUGUGCUCGAUGGCGUCCUUCAAGUGUUAUUUGUUAUUUGUACUUAAUAAAGUACACAUCUCCAAAUUUUUGUAUCUGAAUUGUAGCUGUUCAGUCUGUAAAAUAAAUAAUAAUAAAAAAAGAAACUCACUUCCUACGUUGGUUUUAUGUCUGCUAUUCUGAAAAAGAUUAACAAGAUGGCAACAAAGCUUAAAAGCCUUCCUUUUGAUGUUCACUGCAGUGAAUAUAAAUGUAUUCUUUAUGUUUUGCCACCAAAUGAAAACUGUUUAUCUAGAGCCGAGUGAAUGCUGGGUGUUUUAUUUUAUCUUUUAUCUGAAGUCCCUGUUUAACAUAAGAUGUCUCCAGUGUAUGAUGAGUGAUUUGGAGACCUUCAGUCAUUAAGCCUCCAGAGUGCCAAUCCCGUAGAAGAGACCUCUGCAACUCGAUUGCCUGCUUGUUAUGUAACGUGGCGGCAUUAUAUGCAAAGCAGUGCUAACGCUGUUGAUGCUCGGCUUUAUAUGAAUACUGGUUCAUUGCAGACUGCGUUUCUGCCUGCUUCAGAUCCAACACAGCUUGUCACAUGCAUAUCAUCAGGGUGACUUAGUUAUAUGUGUGAGUAGGAUGCUGUAAAGACCUUUUUUCAUCUAUUGAAUAAAAAACCCUUAAAAAG